ACUGAAUUGUGAUAAUUAUCAAUAUCACCAUCACAGUCUGCUUUUUCACCACACUGAUGUACUUAUAGGUGAAACUAUUGACUACAUUUAUAGCAGUAGCACAUAGCUCACUGAAAACAACACAAAACCAGUCUCCCUAUAAUUCCCCUCGGAGUCAACCGAAGCUAUAACAUACAAGUGUCGUGACACACUACGCUGGGAUUUACAGAAGUUCAGGAACAUUUUCCUUGCAGCCAGGAGGCAAUCUCAAAGAAAUCAACAUGGCUUGCUCUGACUUCUAAAACGGAUAGUGGCCAUUUGGAUAUUGGAUACUUUGAUAGUCUCCUUUGGGCGUCUGAAGCAAUCUCAAGGUCAAAGUUGGUGUCGCGUUUUGGUGCGUCCAGUGAAUUUCAGACAUAAUGAUACACGUUAUAGCAGUUAUAAGCGCACACAUGGAGUGGGUUUUAGUCAUGAACUAACUUAAUGCUGCUUUAGCAGCAAGCGAUCAGUAACUCUGUUCACAAUCCCGUUCGUAUUCCGUAUUAUUACUGCAAAUGCGCAUUUGCUGAGUACGCACUCUUUAUUAUAGUGAUACUUCAUUAUUUCUGUGGUGGUAUUUAUCCAUUUCUGCCCCUAUCGCAUUCAUAUUUUUAAUACAUCUCAGAAUGCAAUCCAAUAUGAUCCCAAAUAAAAAAAUUGGGGAAAUUUCGGGGUUUUAUUGGGCAACUUAGGGGCCACAAAAUGCAAACAUAUUAAGGAAAUUUCGGGGAAAUGCCUCCUUUUCCCCCAAAAAGCUCCUCAACCCUAAAACUACUAAAAGUUCUCAAGCUUUGCCCCAGAAUUUCCCCAAAAUUGCACCCAAAUUUUUUAUUUGGGGAUGUAUUACAUAUCAUACAUGUCUAUGGACAUGUUGUUGUUGUAGUAUUUUGUCGCUUUAUUUAACAAAAACUUUUGGUUUACAUGAUAAGAGAACAGGGUGUCCAGCAUGUUUGUCACUGCGACUCCAUUUACCUUCCGCUUGAAAUAUACCAAAAUUAGGCAGCGGCGAGGCGUGUGAACACGUUGUUGGUUACGGUGUUGCUUUUUAUCAGUGAAUUUGGUGGUUGAUGGGCACGCACCACUAUGUUUUCUGCGUUUAUAUAAAAAUAUAUACAUAUAUGCUCUAUCUAUUCUUAAUUGAGGACACUAAUUUGAUACUUUUAUUUCAUGUUCCCGCUGUUGAUUACUGGAUGUAGUAUUUCCUGCAUGUUUUUCAGGAAUUAACACUUAGAAAUCUACUCAUUUUCAGUGGCAAAUGUGUGAAUCAAAGGCUCAUUUCAGUUAAGUUGGGUAACAACCGUGAUCGUUUAUUUGUGGCUAUUAAAUGUUACGUUUCUUUUUCCAGUAUUUCCAGAUUUUAUUUGUGCUGAGACGUUCUAAAUCUCAUGGGAUUACAUCAUCUGUAAAAUGUAGAAAUUUUCAGACCUGAUAUCUUUCAUUUACAAUGGAAAACAAUCAUUUAUCUCAUUCCGUCAACUCCUCAGAAGAUGUUUGGCUGCCUCGUUCUUCAUGUCCAGUAACUUCAAGUGAUUCGGAGCGGAAUCAUAAUAUCAGCGAUUUUGGCUUUAGAACAAAUCUUGAUGAAACCGGCGCUCAUUUAGAGAAAGCAAACAGUAUUCCAAGAAGUUUACGGUCGUUCUUACGUAAAGCUGCCAGUCUGAAGGAAUCUUGUUCGGUGUCAUCAACCAAAUGUUCUGUAAUUUGCCUCGAUGGAAGGUGUCUUAGAUUUAAUGUACAUAAACUUGCUCUUGGACGUCAGCUUUUGGAUACAGUUUGUCAAUACUUAGAGUUAGAAGAGCCGCAGUACUUCGGUCUAGUGUUUUAUUUGAAUCGUAAGGCUGACAGGAACUCAGUUUUGGGAACGUGUCAAAAUGAGGAGUCAUCCAGUGGAAAUAAUCAAGAUGGUCCUGACAAGCCAUUUCGCAUAUCUUCUUCGUCAUCAUCUUCAAUCAAUAACUCCUACUCAACUAGGUUCUGUGGCUGCCCUUUGACAAAUUCAUUUAACCCGUGUAAAGUAUAUUCUUACCAUAGUACGUAUCCUGGCUUCAAUCCAUUUUUUAUCGAUGUUCCUUUCUGGUUGGAUACAGAAAAACGAAUAACUGAUCAAUGUCAUGGUAAUAAAUUAAUAUUUUACUUCCAAGUGAAAUUUUAUCCUCAACAUCCGGAUCGUGUUUUCGAAUGUCCAAAGUCUAGACAUCAGUUCUGUCUUCAGUUAAGACAACAUUUAUGUAUAGGACGACUUUUAUGCUCAUUUGAAACUCAUGUAAUAUUGGGCGCUUUGAUAGCUCAAAUGGUAUUAGGUGAUGCUAUAAAAUAUCAACGUUCUCAUAGUGCCCAUUUAAGUUGUCGUUCAAUACAUUGUGCUGAAUCAACAUCACAUACCUAUUCACGACAACAGUCAACUUCACUAACCCAUAGUCUUUCAUCUGAACGUAGAUGUAGCCUAGCUGAACCUGAACAUAGUGACAAUAGUAUUAUAUGGGAUUCACAGAAAGAUAAAGAUGGUAAGAACAAUGAAGUCAAAUAUCAUCCAUCCUCUUCAGUGAAUAAAAGGAAUACAUUUAGCCAUAUCGGUUGUAGUUGUUCAACUCAACAGAUUGACAAUACCAGUAUGAUUUACUUACAGUGUUUACCACAUUUAGCUCGAGGAUCUGUAACUUCAUCAUCUAUCCAUCAGAGUACAUAUGAUAUAACAUCUAACAGUAGACCAAGUUUAUCGUCAACUGCAAUGUUUAAUAAUAUUGAAGAUGUACUUUUGUCUCCGCUGGCAAAUAAUUUUAGUCCUGGAUGGCCUUAUCCAAAAUCAAAUUGUCAAUACUGUCCUGUAUUGCUAUCGCGUAUCACUCGCCUGCAUCGAAAGUUUAGAGGUAUGCUUCAAGAAGAUGCUGAAAAGUCAUUUUUAGAAAAUGUGAAAAAAUUGGCAUUUUAUGGCGUUGAAUUACAUCCUGUGAAGAAAUUUCAUGCUACCUACAUUUCAACUGGUUCUUUCAAAAAAUUAGCUAAAAAAUUGGUUCGUUCAUUCUCAGAUCGUUCACAAACUAGUCCUACUGAAUCUUAUCAUAAUUUUACUGAUGAAUAUUCAAUGAAUGGAUCCAAUCAAACACUGAACUCUAGCAAAGGAAAUAAAUCGUUAUCGAGAUCUAGUAUUAAAUCGUCUUUACAAAGAAUAUUCAACAUAAAACGUGAAGGUUCCGCUUUAUUUCCGUUUGCCUUUAAUGAUUUCCCAAAUUUUGAUUUCUCUUUGGGAGUUUAUCAUGCUGGUGUAUUCCUUCAAUGGGGUCAUUUACGCUUAUCACAUUAUACAUGGUCGCAAAUUGUCAAAGUAUGCUAUCACUCAGAUGAAUUCUCUAUAGUUGUAAGAGAUAAUGUAAGUCGAUUGGAUGAUAAAAAUUAUUUUGAUUCUUCUUGUUGUCAAACGAAAGUGUUUAACGGAAAUCCUCAAAGCACCUGUCCUAAAUAA